UCCUUGCUAAUGGUCAACCAAAAACCAACCUUUCUCUCUUCUCCAAUACAUAAUAUUUUUCUGGUCCUAAUUUUAUUGCCGCUGGGAACUACCGUGUUUGAUAGUUUUGGGGCUAUGUAUUCACACCUAAACUGAAAGUAAAUAAUACCCUUUUCAUCUGAUUCUUUUUUGAUUCUGGGUUUUGGCCAAUUUGAUCAAAUACAGCAGUAUAUCGAUUAUCUAGCAAAGGGAAGGAAGCCACUUGGUUUUUUUUUUAUUAUAUGUUGAAGUUGAAAACAUGAGCAAACAUUCAUCUGUUGCAGGUGCCUCUCGCCCUGUUAAAGAAGAUGGCUUUUUGAAAAAAAUCAAGAAUGUUGCUUGCCUGAAAUCUUCCUCAUCGGACAAGGGGAAAGGGGGAAAAGGGAAAAUCAAGUCAUCAAGUUACAAAGUCUCCCAUGGUUUCCACUUAGUGGAAGGUCAAUCAGGCCAUAAUAUGGAAGAUUACCAUGUUGCUGAGUACAGGAAAAAGAGGAAUCAUACCCUUGGAUUGUUUGCAAUCUUUGAUGGUCACUUGGGGGAUCGUGUGCCUACUUUUUUGAAAGACAACCUUUUCAAUAACAUACUCGAAGAGCCGAAUUUCUGGAGAGACCCCGAGGCUGCGAUACGGAAUGCAUACUCCUCCACGGAUAAGCUUAUAUUGGAUAACUGUAUGCAAUUAGGACCCGGAGGCUCCACCGCUGUAACUGCAAUUGUCAUUGAUGGCAAAGAUUUAUGGGUAGCAAACAUUGGUGACUCUAGAGCUGUUGUGUGUGAGAGGGGAUCUGCCAAUCAAAUUACGGUCGACCAUGAGCCGCAUACUGAACGAAGAAGGAUAGAGAAUCAGGGUGGCUUUGUGACUACACUUCCUGGAGAUGUGCCUAGGGUUAAUGGUCAACUUGCUGUAGCACGGGCUUUUGGAGAUCAGAGCCUUAAAGCUCAUUUAAGCUCAGAACCUGAUAUCAGACAUGUCCCCAUAGACUCCACAAUCGACUUUGUAAUACUGGCUAGUGAUGGUUUGUGGAAGGUAAUGAAGAAUGAAGAGGCAGUAAACUUGGUGAAAUCCAUGAAGGACCCGCAGGUGGCAGCGAAACGAUUAACAACUGAAGCAUUAGCAAGAAAAAGCAAAGACGAUAUAUCAUGCAUAGUAAUUCGAUUCGGCUAAUGCGGUCGGCAUUUUCCGUUCGGUUUGGUCUCGGAAGGCAUAGUACACAGGGGAACUCUUUCGAGUUGGGGAGAGGUUGGAGGUUUCUUUGUAGGGACAGUGAUGAUGUGUAAGCUAUUAGUUGAGAUAGAAGUGUGAUGCAUUUUUUUUGUUCCUGGAAGGCUUCCUCCUUAAUCCUUGAUUACGAACAUGAACAAGUUUGCAUAUAUGGACUUAAUGUGUCGGCGUUCGGAUUGGCACUGCUGCCAUAAGUAUAGUUAUACGAUAAUACAGACUGGUGAAUGUGAUUGAAAAGUGAAAGAUUCAACAGAGAUUGAUUCUAAUCA